AUGGCUCAAGCAGCCAAACGGAAGCUUGUGGUUGCUGGUGGGAACGGGUUUUUGGGUUCCCGCAUCUGCAAAUCAGCCGUGGCUCGCGGGUGGGAUGUUACUUCAAUCAGCCGAUCAGGUGAACCGACAUGGUCAUACGUGACUUCGGAAAACAUGCCACCCUCAUGGUCAACUUCCGUUACAUGGGCCAAAGGCGACAUUCUGAAGCCAGCUUCCUACACCUCCUACCUCAAAGAUGCUGACGCCGUGGUGCACACCAUGGGAAUUCUCCUUGAAGCAGACUAUAAGGGCGUUGUCUCGGGGAAGGAAUCCAUAAUCUCCGGCCUGUCACGGGCAUUUAGUUCCACAAAAGCUGGCAGCGCAGCCGACCCACUGAACCGCGAGCCCGGCGCAGAUCUGGGUACAGGUGAAAGCGAUGGCCAGAUCACCUAUGAGCUUAUGAACCGGGAUAGUGCAAUCGCACUGGCGCAGGAGAGUCAGUGUCAGGAUGUGUCCACGUUCGUCUAUAUUUCCGCUGCGGCCGGUGCUCCCAUGCUCCCCACGAGAUACAUCACAACCAAGAGAGAGGCGGAAGGCACGAUCGCGAGUCAGUUGGUCAAACUGCGAUCAAUAUUUAUCCGGCCAGGCUUUCUCUACGACAACAGCAGGAAGUUCACCCUCCCAAUUGCGGCUUCCGGUAUGGUUGGCAGCACCGUCAACAGUCUAGUGGGCGGCAGUCUGACCAGGUUGUUUGGUGCGGCAGUAGAGAAGCCUUUGAAGGCGGAUCUUGUCGCGGAUGCGGUGGUCGAGGCCAUCGAAGACGAAGGCACAAGAGGCGUUGUCGAUACUAAGCUCAUUGAAGCAUUGGCGGCGAAGGCUUGGAGAAAAGGGAUGCUCUGA